GUUGCGAGGGGGACGCCAACAACUUUUAAAAACGCGUAGACCGCACGCAGCUCAUGAGAGAAAAAACGAGGACGGCCGAAUCAAAGGCAUGAAAAUGUCCUUGAAGCUUCAGUCGGCGUUACUGCUGGUAACAGCGGCAGUCGCGUUGUCGCAGACCCUCUACUACAACGAAAUCGAGCCGAGAUGCCCAAAGCCAUGGGUGACCUUCCAGGAGAGCUGUUACCGCUUCAUGAAGAGCUACAGGCCAAGGGACGAGGCGAGCAGAAACUGCCAGGCCUACCAGGCCCAGCUCCUAUCGAUAAAUUCCCUCGAGGAGCACAGCUACAUCCUGAGAGAGCUCCUGCAGGAGGAUCACCAGCACAAAAAGUGGUACACCGGGGCGAGGAUGCAGGGGAGCUACUGGACGAACGAGGACGGUACCCAGCUCGUUAACAUGGACAACGCCUUUCUCCCCGAGAGGCUGGACAUGAACAACUACGGCAAGGACCAUCUGGUCUACGGGUACAGCGAGGGCCUCAUGCGCUGGGGUCUGGAGAAGGUCUCGGGCCGCGAGGCGCACUAUUACAUUUGCGAGGCGCCCGCCAUCAAUCUCCAGUACCUGCUCACGGAUGACAGGAGCUUCCAGUACGGGAUCGAGGUGAGCGAUCCCUUGAAGAUACCACGAGGACCGUACUUCAUCAAACAGCCCGAGGACAGAGUGUUCGACGUUACAAAGCGCGUCAUGAGCAACGACAUAUCGCUGAGUUGUCUCGCGGGUGGCUAUCCGGCCCCGACGUACGACUGGUUCAAGGAGACCUUCCACAACGACCGGCUCGUCGCCAAAAGGAUAGACCCCCUGGCUAACAACAGGUACACCGUCAGCGGUGGCACUCUGAUCAUCUUCAAUCCCAAUCAGACGGAGGACAGGGGCUCGUACCACUGCAAGGCGAGCAACAAGUUUGGCACCAUCAGGUCAGAGAGCGUCGACCUGUCCUUUGGCUACAUCCUCGAGUUCAACUUCAAGCGGCCGGAAGUCCGGGGCGACGAGCACUGGGGCAAGGUCGUCUACUGCGAUCCGCCCCAGCACUACCCGGGGGUCAAGUACUACUGGGCCCGCGGGGCUUUUCCCUUCUUUGUCGACGACGACAACGAGCGGCUCUUCGUUUCUAACGACGGUUCGCUCUACUUCUCGGCUCUCGAGAAGAACGACCAGGCCAACUACUCGUGCAACGUGCAGAGCAUCGCCUCGGACACGGGACGCAACGGGCCGCUCUUUCCCCUCUACGUUGACACGAAUCUGACGCCGCAGAACUUGAAGUUCCCGAAAAACUUUCCCAAGGUAUUCCCCGAAGCUCCGAUCGCCGGGGAUCAAGUGAGGAUGGAGUGCAUCGCCUUUGGAUUCCCAGUGCCUUCGUACAAUUGGACGCGGGUGGAUGGCGAUCUACCGCGUGGCGCUUACUUGAUGAACCACAACCGGGUCCUGAUGAUCCCGCGGGUCAAGAUCGAGGAUCAGGGCGAGUACGUGUGCCGUGCGCGCAACGAGAAGAUAUCGAUCAAGAACUCGGUCCAGCUGCUUAUCCAGGCCGCCCCGAAUUUCACGGUUCCUCUGGCCGACAAGCACAUGGAUAACCGGGCAAGCUUGACCUGGGUUUGCGAAGCUUUUGGUAUGCCCGACGUAACGUACAAUUGGCUGAAGAACGGCGAGUACCUGGAUAUCAGCGUGAUGCCCGAGGACAGGGAACGGUACUUUGUCCAAGACAACGUGCUCAAGAUCAACUCGCUGGAUCCCGAGAGGGACGAGGCCAUGUACCAGUGCGAGGCCAAGAACCAACUCAAGACCAAAUACUCGUCGGCUCAGCUCAGGGUUUUGUCUCUCAAGCCGACGUUCAAGAAACGCCCGGUCGAACUGGAGACGUACGCGGCUCAGAAUGGCAACGCCACGAUAAUGUGCAAUCCCGAGGCUGCACCACAGCCAAAGUUCACGUGGAAGAAGGACGGUAACGUGCUCGGGAGUGGCGGUAGGAGACGCAUUCUGGAGACGGGCACUCUGAUCAUCAGUCCCGUGUCGACGGACGACGAGGGCACCUACGUCUGCCAGGCGUCGAAUCAGUACGGCAGCGACGAGUCCCGCGGUCGACUGAUAGUUCUGAGUGCCCCGACACUCGUCGAGUCCCUGCCACCGCGUAUCGUGGCGGCCUACAACCAAAACCUCACGUUACGAUGCAGCGUUUCCGUCGACGAGAUGCUCGACGUCGCGUACAUCUGGAUGCACAACGACAUGCGCAUUCGCAACAGGGACAUCAACCCGAAUCCACGGCUGGUGACCGACGCCGGCCAACUGAACAUCAUAAACGCGACCUUCGCCGAGGCCGGGGACUACGAGUGCAUCGUCAAGAGCACCGUGGGUCGCAUAUCCUCGCGCACGAGCAUCACCAUCGAGGGCCCACCGGGUCCAUCCGGGGGCGUCCAGGUCGUCAACGUCGCCAGGACUUCGGUGACGCUCACCUGGACCGACGGCGCCUCCCACGGUCGGCCGAUCAAUAGGUACGCGAUAGAGGCGCGCACCAACUGGAACCGCACGUGGGUCAACAUAACCGAGGACAAUCAGUCGUUCACGGAGGACGACCGGUACAACGGGCGCAAGCGCAUAUUCCUCGAGAACGUCCUCAACCCGUACACGACCUACGAGUUUCGAGUGAGGGCCGGCAACGAGCUGGGCUACGGUCCAGCCUCGACGCCCUCACCCCAGUACAGUACACCGUCGGACAAGCCGGCCAAACCACCGGCAAACAUACGCGGUGGUGGCGGUAAGAUCGGCGACCUGACCAUCAAGUGGAACGUCCUCAAGCCGGCCGAGCAGUACGGGCCGAACGUCUUUUACAAGAUAUUCUGGCGGCGCAAGCGAGACGAGUCCGAGUUCCAGUCUCUGGUGCUCAAGGAGCAGGGCAACGUCGGCACCGCCGUCGUCCACAUCCAGCCGCAGUACUACUACACCGAGUACGAGGUGCGGGUUCAGGCCGCCAAUGCCAUCGGAUACGGCCCAAAAUCCGAGAUCGUGACGAUCUACAGUGCCGAGGACAUGCCCCAGGUUGCGCCCCAAAAGGUCUACGCCAUGUCGUACAACGGCACGGCGCUCAACGUCACCUGGGACCCGAUAGAGCAGACGCGCGAACGCGUGCGCGGCAAACUCAUUGGCCAUCGCAUCAAGUACUGGGAGACGGACAAGCCCGAGGAGGACGCGGUCUACUAUCUGUCACGUACAACGCGCCCGUGGGCCAUAGUCGUUGGUCUCCAGCCCAACACCUACUACUGGGUCAAGGUGAUGGCGUACAACUCGGCGGGAGAGGGUCCAGAGAGCGAGCGGUUCCGGGAGCGUACGUACCGCAAGGCGCCGCAGAACCCGCCGUCCUCGGUCCACGUGUCCGGGCGCAAUCCGACGUCGGUGAAGGUCUCGUGGCGAUACGUUCAGAACAUCGAGGGCGAGGAGCCGGUGAUCGGCUUCAAGAUUCGCUGUUGGGAGACCGACCAGGACAUGAGCACUGCCAAGGACACGUAUGUGCCGACCGGUAAGAUCGAGGCGAUCAUCGAGGGUCUCGGCGUUGGUAAGGAGUACUAUCUCCGGGUGUUGGCCUACAGUAACGGAGGGGACGGAAGAAUGUCCAGUCCGGCGUACAGGUUCAGGAUGGGCGAUGCCUCGGAUUACGGGAAUUCCGCCUCCGGACGUGGGAUCAGUACGUUUCUCAUCCUCGUGACGACCGUUGUUUUGCGGGCCUUUUAUCGCGUGUGAGAUGAUGGGCAUUUUUUUUUUUUUCAACGUUGGAUAUCCAGAAAUUGUCGAGCGAGCUUACAGGAGGGACUUGCCAAAAGUAAAAGGCCUGUUGGAAUUAUUAAGGUAACAUAGUAACUCUUUUUUCGUCAUUCCUCGUCGAACAAUCAACAAAAAUGCCUGCAACCAUGAUGAUGCAAAAUUUAUAUGUGUAUACAUAUCUUUAUAAAAAAAAAUUUUUAUACGUACGAUUAAUGUGGUAUAUUGAUAGCUUUCGCUAUACGUAAUACGUAUGCCAUGAAAAAUUAUUUAGAAGAAAAUUACUUGGUAUAGUUUAUCGAAUCUCAACUCAUAGGACCAAAAAAAAGAGCCUUUAUAUAAAACUACAAGUAUAUAUUAUAUUGUAUCGAAAGUGUUUUUUUAUCGUAGAUUUGUAAAAUCCAAAUUCCUGGUGAACAAAAGUGGUAUAAAUGAUUAAAAAUUUAUAACGUAACCCUCAAUAUGUAUAUAUGUUUUGAGGUUGUAUUGGAACAAAAUAUUUUUUAUAAGAAAAAUGUCUUGAAAAGGCAUUAAUCAUAGUAUGAAAUUAUAUUUACGCAAAUUAAUUAUAUGUAAGAUAAUGUGAAUAUGCAGGGCAGUUAUGUGCAUUAUAUCAGAGGUAAGAAUCACAGUCAUGUUGUCAAAUUGUUGAUAAUGGUUUGUCUUUGCCAAUAGCCAUGUGAAAAUAUUUUCCAAAGCGAAUCUCGUAAAUAUAUAUAUAUAUAGUUUUUAAACAUUUUUUACACAAUAUUAAAAUUGCACAGCAACAAAUGCUUUGAUUUCGCACAAAAACUAACAAAGCAUCACAUAAAUAUGAUGGUAUCAAUGCAAUCAACGCCUACUUACAACACGAUCCCGCAUGAUCAAAGGGACUAAUGUUAAUUAAGAAUCUCUUGAAAAGAAAUUUCCGUCCAAGUGUUCAGAUAUACUGACGUAUUAUAAGAUUUUUACCAUACAUAGAAAUUAUAAAUAGAGUAUUUUAGUAAAAUAGAUUUAGUAAUUUUUAAAUAUUUAAUGAUGAUAAUACUGCCUUUGUUUUUUUUCUAAAAAAUUCUUAUUUAGACUAUAUUCACAAAUUACAAGAGGUAAUCGCACAUACGAGGGAAAAAUCCAUUUUUUAAAUAUUGUCUUGGUGAUUAAUUCGUUUGGAAAUGAAUUUUGUACGAUAUGUUUACAUUCGAUUGGUGUGCAUACACAUAAGCACCCUAUUUCACGUAUUAUUGCCUUUUACAUUGUUAAACUUUGUAAAAAAUAUAUAAUAAAGUUUUUUAGUAAGAAAAA